CAACAUAACCUCUUGUUUAUUGACGCUAUUCAACUAGUGCAAUAGAUUCAUAAAAAAUAAUAGUGAAAUACCUGUAUUAAUAUGAUAUAAAUAAUUAGUGAUGAUUUAUACUAAUUAGUCGAUAAAUUCAAUUUUUUUUACAAUAAUGGAUAACGUAGAACUUUUAUUUUUUGAUACCUUUUCUCAUGAUAUCUCUGAGGAGCUUAAUUUAGAUCUUGUACAAUUUCCAAAACCGGUAUAUAUUAGUGAAGUAAGAAUUAUUCCUCUUGGAGCACGAGUUCAAGCAGACUUUCCCGGUGGUGUACGUUUGGGAGCUACAAAUCCAUCACAAUUUGAAAUUGAAUUCUUUGUCAACGAUCUAAGUAAACCUGGAGCAUCAACAUUUGAAUCUCUAGGUGGAUUGGAGUACAAACAAAACGUUAAUAUUCAAUUAGAAUGUGAUAGAAAACAAAUACCCACAGAUGGUUUAGUAUUAAGAGGGUGGUACACUACGAUUACUUUAGCAGUGUACGGUAGUUUAACGAAGUCAUUGAGUAAUCCUCCAGAAUCCACUCCUCCGGCUUCAGUAGCUACAGUUCCAAUUCCAGCUUCUGAACCAGAGCCACCACCAAGUAUACCUCAAAAUGCUGAGACACAACAACCCGAUUGGUUUUAUGAAAAUCAAUCUCAAGCUCAUACUGCCCCGCAACCGGAGCCAAGGCCCGCGCCUACACCAUCUCCAACAAUUCAGCCUGUUCCGCCUGUUGAAACAGCAUCAAAACCUGUGCCAAAUGAACCAGUCAAACCUGAGCAACCAUGGACUGAAGAAAUUCCCGAAGAACAAAAUCAAAAGAAAAGACCAUCAUCACCACCCUCUGAGUCUUUGGUAUCAUUGAGUCCUGAAUCAAUAUCUGCUGAAGAAGAGGAAGGUGAAAGAGAGCUUGAAGAAAUAACUACUGAAGCUGUCGAACCAUUUGAACCUAUUCUUUCUGAUGAAGAAUUAAUGAAUGAUGAUUUACCAGCACCACCUGUGGAGUUUGAAUUUGAUAUUCCGGAAGACAUUUACACUAUUGAGCCUCCUGAUUUUUUGGACAUUCAAAAAUUCUCUCUAAAAGCAGAAAAAGAACAAAACAAUCAAGAAAAUACGGAGAAAACACGAGAAAUUCUUCAAACUCUCGUGAAAUCGGUUAAUAAUUUUCAUAGCGUUACUGGACAAGAGAAAGAGACAUUUGUUCAUAAUUGUGAAACUCUUUGUACUCUUUUGGGCUCAUUUUUUCAAGCUGACAAUAAUGAUCUUCAAGAUAUAGCUGAGAUUGUUAAAGCAGGAUUAGAUAUGGAUUUAGCUCGAGCCCAACCGCAACCUACUUACAAAGUAAGACAUAUCAAAAUUGGAGUGCGAUUGGCUGAAGUGACAUGUGGUUUAGAGAAAGGUGAUGAAGUUAUUUUAAAAGUAGAAGCUCCAAAAAAACUUUUAACACUCUGUACUCGUGAAAAUGUAGCUCUUCCCGUAAAACUUGCAGCUAUACGAGCUUUAGAUGCUGCAUUAAUCAGUCCAAAAAUUGUUGAAAAUUAUUUAUAUACUGAAAAUUUAUAUAAAUUUACUUUAAAGAUGUUAGAUGAAGCAAAGCUUGCUCGACUUAAAUAUGCUUUAACUUCUUUAAUAAGGAAAAUUCAUAUUUAUGAAUUGUUAGAAAAAAAUUAUUCAUAUAGAUUACAUGAGUGGCCUAUAAGAGAAUUAACUCAAGCAUAUGUUUGUGCUCCAACUUUAAUGGCUCAGCCAAAAAGACAGUUACCGGCUAGUAGACAAAUGGAAUUUGAUAGAGAGCGAAAUAGGAAUCCUCAAAAACAUUUAGUGGCUUAUUUUGAACAUCACGAUUUAAUUUGUAAACUAUUACUUAUUUUAGUAUCUUCAGACUCACCAGAAGGUGUGAUUCGUCAUGUCAGAAUAUUUUUUAAGCAUUUAACAAACACUAGCCAUGGUCUUUUAUAUUUAUUAAAAGAACCUGAAAAAACAAAACUUUUAUUAAAAGCUUUAAGAUAUCAAAAAGUAGGUUUAGGAUCUGAAAUUGCAUGGAGGCUUCAAGUAGUUUAUUGUCUCCUACAAAUUAAAUAUCAAAGCGCAUCAUCAAAAGUGGAUUGGUUAUUAGUAAAAAAAUUACAUUCAUUCUUAGUGUAUCCAGAUGGUUUAAGAGCUGUAGUUACAGUUUUAUCAAUGGAUUCAUUUUUAGAUAUUUUAAUUCCUUUAUUAUCUGAUCGAGAUUUAUCUGAAUUUGUUGCAGAAAUAAUAUCUACCAUGAUUCGUUUUAAUUCAGACAAUGUAAAAGUUCUUCAGGGCCGAGCUGGAUCGUUGUUGGAAGAAGCGCGAAGCCAAGGAUUAUUAAAGGACGUGGUGCCUUACUUGAAUAUUGCAGCAUCGUCGGCAAAUUGGAAUUAUGGAGAUGUAUCUAAUUUAGUUGGAACAAUUAAAAAAUAUGCAGAAAAAGCUCCAUCACUACCUGGAGAACUUAUUACAGCUUGUAGAAUAUUACACUAUCUCAUUUUCCCAGCUCAUGGUGACACAGAUCCAUUGGAAGCUUAUACGGAAUUAAAACAUGUAAAUGCAUUGACCCAAUUGUUUGCUGCUGAUGGUUUAACAGCUUUAAUAUCAGUGAUGACUCAUUUAACAACAUUUUAUGAACAGCCUUAUGUUCAUAAAGCAUCAUAUACUGGCCGACGAGGAUUAUUAUUAAUGUCUAUACUUGUUCCUUGUGUAAAACUUACUAGAGCUCUCCUCGAUCGUCUUGUUAGAUGUAUGGCUACGGGAUUCAAGGAUUUAACUCCUGUUGUUCCUCUUUUGGGAGUUUAUGCUCUAGUAGAUGCAAUGUCUCCCACUGCUCAAACAAGAUUCCUUGCUGAUGAGAUUGCAGAAACUCUGCUGUUAUUUACUAACACAGUAGACUCCGAUGGUGCGGGAAAUGUUGCUAAAUCUCUGUGGACACAAAUGCUCGGAGAAGUUUUGAAAAUGAUAUCUGCAAGCCCAUGUAACUUUGUUCCUGGUUUAAAAUUACUAGCUCGACUGCUUCCACCUAUUCUAUAUAUUGAAGAAAAUUUAGUAUGCGAUACUAGAGAACUCAUGUUAAGGAAAUUAUGGUCAGCUCAUCUUCAAGCUCAAGCAAGUAAUCUCACCGAAACAUUAAAGCUUCUUUGUGCUAGCUGGAAUGAAACUGUAUUAACAUUAUUAGCAAAUGUUUGUAAACAGCUAAGUGAUCUAGCAGCUCCAACAGCAUUAAUUGUCGGACGGUGUUUCUUGGAUAGAAUGUUAGCAUCCGCACCGUUAGAAAAUCAUGGGCCUACACUGGCACUUCUUGGUGAUGUAGCUACUCAUCCACCUUUUAAAGCUACAUUAUUAACUUUACUGAAUCCGACUUCUCGAGCACAAGUGAAAUCAGAUCAAAAAUAUCUUCCAGUUAUUGACAUGAUGUGUUCAGCUCUGAAAAAUACUACCAACGCAGAAGUUCAAGCAGAAAUACUAGAAAUUUUUGGGACCCUUUGUGAUCAUACGUUGACUAUAAUGGAUGAAGAAAAAAUUGAUUCAUUGGAAAUAUGUCUAACUCAUUCAAUUCCUAGUAAAGAACCUCUUCUUUCGAUUAUCUCUGCGUUUAUUGACAUUCUUGCUAACGCUAACAAACAUGCCAUGAAUACUUCAAAAAGUGCAUUGCGUGUUCUUUUAUCACUUACUGAACACAAUUAUGGACUAUAUCAUGUAAAAAGUUGUUUAGAAAAUAAUCUCGGUGCUCUCAAGUCUUUCUUAACAUACGUAGCAACUUUAGAAAUAAAAGAAGAAGAAAAAGAUAAAGAGAAAACAAAAAUAAGUGAGAUAGAGCGUCUUAUAGUAACAUUUUUAGAAAAUUUAAUAGCAUGUUCUGAGCUAUAUAGACGAUCUUUAUCGUUGAGACUGCCACAAUUGGCAACUUUAAUUAUGUGGGAUAAAAAUGAACAUCCUCUUCAGAAAAUUCCUGGAGCUCAAGAGCUAGUCAAUGAAUUGAAAGCAACAAUUGAAGGAAAAGAAGAAAAAGAACCUAUCCCGGAGAUGCUUGAACCACUUUUACCAACUCCUGAUGCAUUAUUAAAUCAAUUUGCUCAAAGGUCAAUGAAAAGAUCUUCAACAGCCGAUUUUCGAGCACGAAAACGACAUUAUAAUCGCUUUGGAGCUGUAGAAAGUAUAGCUGUAGACAUCAUGGCUUUAGUUACUGAACUUUUACCAUCUGAUUUUAAUUUACUAUCAGCAACGCAAUUACUUUGUUCUAAAAAACCAGUUGACGACAGUAUAGAAAUCAUACAAACAAAAGAAGAAAGUUCAAGAGAACCACGAGAUACUCAAAAAUCUUCAACUGUUUCGAUUACAAAAACGAAAAUGCCUUUCGUUACUCCAAUGAGAGGAAGAGCUCAGUUUGUUAAUACCAGAGGAGGUUUAGCUACAAGUGGUGCUGGACGAGGAGCUGAUCCAUUCAGAUCGCGACCUCCAAAUACUUCACGACCACCUUCUUUACAUGUUGAUGACUUCGUUGCGCUAGAAACUUGUGGAGCUCAACCAACUGGUCCAACUGGAUAUAAUAAAUUAAGUGUUCGAGGAACAGGUCCUCCUCGAGGUGUUAUCACUGGUCCUAGAUGUCGACCUUGGGUAUCUGAACCUCGUCCACCUUAUAUGCGAUAAUUUUUUGAUUAUUUUAUAAUAAUUUUAUUGAUAAAAAAAACUUUGUACAUAUUGAUAAAAUUGUUUCAUCUAUU